GAGACGCGCCGCAGCCGCAGCCGCGGGCAUGGACGGGCCGGGCCGCGCCGACGAGCCCAGCGCGGCGCCCGACGAGGGGCCGGACGAUGGCGCGGACGAUGCGGCGGGCGAGCCCCGCUGGCCCUGGCCCCUCGAGAAGGGCGCGGCCCACCCGGCAGAGCCGCAGUACGGAACACCGCCGGCCAGCCCGCAGCCGGUCCCCGCGGGCCUGCCCACCCUGCUGGCCUACAGGCCCGAGGCCCCGCCGGCAACCGCACACCACGAGGCAGAGGAGGAUGCUGAGCCGACCUGCGAGUACUGUGGCGACAGGCUGAGGCCGUUCCCCUUGUCUGAGGACAUCCCCCUCUCCGAGGAGCCGGCAGACAGAUUCUGCUGCCAGCGCAGCCGAGAGCUCUACGAGUUCAUCGCCAAGGAGAGGAAGAGGCUCGAGGAUGCCAGCAGCAUUUCCAGAGCUGUCAGCAGUCAGGAGUCACUCGGCUCUGAAACCAACCUGCUGCUGUCAAAGGAGCAAGAGAACCGCAGGCAGCAGAAAAAACAACUGGCCAGAGAGUUGGCUGACCAGUUUUUAAAGCCAAGUGCCACUGCAGGUGCACAGCAAGCUGCAUCCGUUUCCUACGAGCUUUCCCCGGAGCUCACAUCCACCAGCGGGACACCAGAGCCUGUUGUGAGUGCAGCCAAGCCCAAGCCCGAGCCCAAACCCGAGCCCCAGCCCAAGGAGCAGCCCCAGCCCGAGCCCCGGCCCAAGGAGCAGCCCGAGCCGGAGCCCGGUGUCAAGAAGGAGCCCGAGCCGGAGGCCCGGCCCAAGGAGGAGCCCGAACCCGAGCCUGGUCUCGAGAAGGAGCCUGGUCUGGAGGAGGAGCUUGGUCCAGAGGAGGAGCCCGGUCCGGAGCAGCAGCCUGGUCUGGAGAAGGAGCUCGGUCCAGAGGAGGAGCCCGGUCCAGAGCAGCAGCUUGGUCCCGAGGAGGAGCCCGGUCCCGAGGAGGAGCCCGGUCCCGAGGAAGAGCCCGGUCCCGAGGAGGAGCCCCAGCCGGAACGCAAGCCCAAGAAAGAGCCCAAGCACAAGGAGGCCGAAUCCCACGGCAUCCUCCACGAUUUCAGCCUUCUGGGGAAGAAGGUGGGGACGGCUAAAUUGGUGCAGAAGUACUACAAAAAUGGAAAGAAAUUCCUUACCAUGCUCCCAGACGGAACCUCGCAGUUAUUCUAUCCAUCUGGAAACCUGGCCAUCACCAUUACACGAGGGAGUGACGAGCUGAUUUGCAUAGUACAGGAAGAUGAGCUGAAGACAACCAAGAUCCGAGCACUGUUUCAGUCUGACGGCAGGAGCACGUGCUAUUACCCCAACGGAGCUGAGUGGAUAAAUAUGAGUAUCCAGGGUGGGCAGUAUUUGGACCAAGCAGGCAACAGGGUCAGAAGGUGGAUGUGGCCAGAGUUGUCACCAGGACCCCACACGCCACUGAGCCCCAUUUUCAUCUCCCUGAACCGCCACGUGGGGGUCAGGAUCCUGGCCCAGGACAAGAUCUUCGUCUCCUUCCUCGCCAAGGGGCGCCAAGCAAAAUUCAACAUGGGAAUCAAAGUGCAGGUCGGCGCUGGCAGCCAGCCUCCUGCUGCCCGCCUGGGAGAGGAUGAGCUCCUGCUGCUUGCCUUCCGCGUCAGGAUCCUGCAGCUCUUCGACAGGAUGCGGGGAUGCAUCAACUUCCCUUCCAGCGAGCAGUGGAACAAAAUCCAGCCUCCCACGUACCUCAUGAGCCAGGCUGUGAAGAUCCUGGAGCUCUGCAUGGCUGCUGACAUCAGUGAUGAGCUGCGCAGCUCCAUCAAGGCCAUAGUAAACGCACAGUAGCUCUG